ACCCCCAGUCGCGCAAACAUUCCCUUUAUCCCGUCUACCUUUGUUGUAAAAUAUUUGUAAAUAUACAUUUUCCUGCUGAAUGUGUAACGCGGGAAAGGCUCCCGGUGGAUUCCGAUCGAUGCGUCUGAUUAGAUGCGUUUGUUCUCGUUUCUCACGAACCUCUAUGGAAGCGCGCUAUCGGCGCGAGCCAGCUAGCGUUACAGGAGCUAACCGUAGCUAGCAGCUAACGGCGCGAGCCAGCUAGCGUUACGGGAGCUAAACUUAGCUAGCAGCUAACGGUGUGUUCUCUCUUGAAAAGUCUAAAGGAAGCUGUGGCUCCUCGCCAAGAUGACGUCAGCUUCUGCUAAGGUUGGAGAAAUCUUCUCAGCAGCCGGAGCAGCUUUCACCAAACUAGGAGAGUUAACGAUGCAGCUCCACCCGGUGUGUGACUCCAGCCCGGCCGGGGCGAAGUGGACGGAGACGGAGAUCGAGAUGUUGCGUCUGGCGGUCCGUCGGUUUGGAGACGACUUGAACAACAUCAGCACCGUGAUCAAGGAGCGCACCGUCGCUCAGAUAAAGAGCACCGUGAAGAGGAAGCUGUACGAGGACAGCCGGGUCCCCAUCGCCGCCGACGCGUCCAAGAAGACCGCCAAGAAACCCGCCGGGACGACGGGGCCUGGUGCCGCUCCCGCCAUGAUUGCCGUGUCGACUUCGCAGGUCGUCGUGGCGACAGGCAUGCAGGGCGGGCCCUCUCUGGCCCCUCCCCUCAAGAAGCAGAAGACGGCAGACGUGACCCUCAGCGCUCUGAACGACUCUGACGUGAACAGCGACCUCGUCGACAUCGAAGGACUCGGAGACGGUUCGUCCAACAAGAAACUCAACUUUGACCAAGAGAGCCUGAACUUGGACUCCAGCCUCAUCAUGAACUCCAGUGACCUCCCACUGCUGUCCCGCUGACCUUUGACCUCUCGGCUCAGUACACUGUUGAUUUUAAAGUUAAACGUUGAAUUGUCCAGGAGACAAAAUCCAUUGAUCUUUUUAUUUUACGCUUCGUCCUCGUUGGAUUUCCCCCAUACACCUUUUUCUUUUUGUUUUUGUUUUUGUUGACAUAAUUAUAUUUCCAUCAGCGAGUUUAGCGUGAAAACAUUUAAACAUAGUUUUGUCUUCCUCUUAUCAUGAAGAAUAACGUGAAUCUUAUUCCGGGUCGUCAUGGUAACCGUAGUGUCACUUCAGAUUCCUGAUUUUUAACCUUCACUACUGGAGUUAAGAAUUCCUCAAAAUGAAAAUUAUUAACACGUUUACAACCAAAUGUCCAACAAGGAAUGAUUUCAUGCUCCUGAACCCUCAAAGACUCUUAAACUGCACAUUUGAAUUAAAUGUUAAAUAUAUUCCAUUUCUACUUUUAGAAUUCAAGAAAAAAAGAAACUGAUUUAAAAUCUCUUUUCUACCUGACGGGAAAUAAACUUUUUUUUACGAGAUAUUUUGAAAGAGUCUUCUAGGAUUCCGUUAAUACUAAUAAUGAUCUAAUGAAGCAGAAGCUUCUCAUGUCAUCAGUUCAUCGGUGAGGGACGACGUUCUGCAGCGGAUUAAUCCAGCUUCUGUUUAGAGAUCAUGACAACAAAUCAGCUUUUUGACUUCAAAGUUUUGACAAACAACUUCUAUGUUUAGUAAAAAAUAACAAAAACCGCUGUCUUUUCUUUUUUUUGGAUGUUUUGUUUUAUUCAAGUGUUUCCUGAUGUAGCCCCGCCUUAAAGCAUCCCCUGCUUAACGACCUGUCAAUCAGUGUGUUGCCCCGCCCUGUGUCUUAACGGUUUAUACUGUAAACGGGUCGUAUUAUAGUGAGAAAAAGUAAAGAAAUAAUUAAAGGUGAAGAACAAAACAAAUAGCACAUACAAGUAAA